AUGAGCAGCUCUGGGAGCGACUCUGGCUCGGAGCUCGACCACGAGGAGGAGAUGGCCCUCCUUAUUGCGCUGGAGCGGUCCAAGGUGGAGACCCGAAUCGGCUCCACCCGACAAGCUAUACCAACCGGCGUCUCUCUCCAACGCCUCCUCAAACCGUUUGUCAAGCCGUCUCCAGAAUCAGACUCCAUCUUCGUACCGCCUGACCCUGAUGCAGUCGGAUCCGACUUGGGGAACCCAGCAGGCGGCUCGGGGACUUCGACAGGCGGCCCGGGGACUGCCGUAGUCGCACCCGGCUCGGGGACUUCAGAACCCGGCCCGGGGACUGCAGCAGUCGGCCCGGGGACUGCAACGACACAACAGGCGGUGGCCGACUCCAACUCUUCACCACCCAACCCACCCACCCUGGUCGCAGUAGCCGUAUUGGCAAUAGAAGAAGUCACAGCUCCAUCAUGGGCCCAACCCAUCCUCAACUUCCUGGUAAACAGAGAGCUGCCGACUGACGAGAUCUCGGCAAGACAAGUUCAACGCCGAGCCGGAGCAUACACAAUAAUAAACAGAGAACUCGUUAGGCGCAGCGUCACUGGAGUCUUCCAGCGCUGCGUCGAGCCAGAGAAGGGCAUAGCAAUCCUCAAGGACAUCCACCAAGGCGAAUGCGGCCACCACGCGGCCUCAAGAUCACUUGUCGCCAAAGCUUUCCGCCAUGGGUUCUUCUGGCCGACUGCUUUGGAAGACGCCAAGGAAUUAGUCAAAUGCUGCAAAGGGUGCCAAGUCUUCAGCUCCAAGCAACACCUGCCGGCUUCUGCACUCAAGACCAUCCCCCUCACCUGGCCCUUUGCCGUCUGGGGA